UCUAAAUACGGGUAUAGAAAGAAAACUAAUAACACGUCGGAAAACCCAUAAGACUUCCUGCGUUCAGACUUCCUGUAGCCUGCAAAGCUAAAUGUACUAUUAUUAGUUUAUUUUGAAGGAGAUUUAAUUAUGAAUACGGUUUUAUCGAGGGCGAACUCGCUGUUCGCAUUUUCUCUCAGUGUAAUGGCCGCUCUCACUUUCGGCUGCUUCAUCACAACGGCGUUCAGAGACAGAAGCGUUCCGGUGAAUAUACACGUCUCCAGAGUGUUCCUAAAAAACGUGGAUGACUUUACAGGACCAAGAGAAAGGAGUGAUUUGGGUUUUGUGACCUUUGACCUUUCUGCUGAUCUGCGGCCGAUAUUUGACUGGAACGUGAAGCAGCUCUUCCUCUAUCUAUCUGCUGAAUACGCAACCAAAAGCAAUGCGCUGAACCAGGUGGUCCUAUGGGACAAGAUCGUUCAGAGAGGACAGAACACCAGACUUGAACUGAAGGAAAUGAAGACCAAAUACUACUUCUUUGACGAUGGAAAUGGCCUGAGGGCGAAUAGGAACGUGACUCUCACUCUCUCCUGGAACGUGGUGCCGAACGCCGGGAUCUUGCCGUUGGUCAUGGGCUCGGGUCACGUCUCAGUGCCGUUCCCCGAAUCGUACGAAAGCACCAAGAGCUACUGAACUGUCCUGAACCAUCUUCAUUAACGUUGCACACCGCUGUGGGUUUUAAUAAAAAACAAACAAACAAACAAAAAAAAACAGUACAACAUGCGUCCUUCAAUUGUGCUUUAUUUUUCUGUCCUGUGUGAAAAAGAAAGGGUGUGUGUGCUGUGUGUUACAGCUGAGGUCGUUGAGAUUUUGUCCUAACGUCAGAUCUGUGAUGGAGAUUCUAGAUAGUUUUAUGAUUAAUGUAAAGAUGUUUACAUGAUGAUUUGUAAUAAAUAUUAUAUUAAUGUCA